GCGUUGGCAACAGUGUCAGCAAGAUGGCGGAGAGUGGCUCGCGGUGUGGUGCGUGAGGACGGUGUUUCUCCCUUCCUCUGACCCGCGGUGUGUCUACCUCCCUUGCAGUGGUGUCCGUGUCCUAUAUAACCUGCCGUGGUGACCUGUUGGAACCCUCGUGUAUCCCAGCGACCCCCACGAGCCGUCCUGAAAUAGAUGUUGAGGACUCGCAGCUCGACAACAACAAACUCGUAAAAGAUUAUUAGGGAUGGUACUUGGCAGCUAAGAAGUGAUGUGUCACCAGUGGGCCUCCUGACUACCUUUGCUCCUCUGCACUGCCCACUCAGCUUCCCUUGUCACAAUGAUCCGUUCAGCAGCUGCCAAUGUCCUAUGUACCAUGUCCUCUAGUCUGACCGUUACCUGAGCAUCCCAGUGGACAUGUGUGCUUUCUGUACCAACCUCAGUGCUUACAGUCAGGACUAAAGCAAACCACUUUUGCCAAGAACGUUGAUAAAAAAAACCUUUAUAGUGAAUCUGUGGAUGUGUUGUGAGUACCUGGUAUGAGAACUCAGCCUGUGUGGACUGAGGGCUGAGAAAAGCCCUGUGUGCAGGGCAACAGUCAGCCACGCUGUGAAGCAGGCUACCCUUAUCCUGAAGAGUAACGUGAUGAUGGUUUUGCCUUAGGUGACCAUGGGUGUGGGUGUCAGAGAGGCUCAGCACACAUGAUGGGAGCCCCAAGUGGCAGGAAGUGAGCCUAGGCUGGCCUCCCGUAGCGUGGGCGAGGGAGCCUGUUGCAAGGUCGGCUAUGGCGAGGCGAGGGGGUGACGCAUCCAAGCAAGUGGUGGUGUCUGUGGUGGGGGUGUCUGGUGGUGAAAGAGAAAAGGGUGUUACAGGCCUUGGAAAAUCAUGCCUCUGCAACCGCUUCACCAAGCCCCAGGCAGACCAGUACCAUGUGGACCACAUCUCCGUCCUGUCUCAGACGGAUUUCAGUGGACGUGUAGUGAACAACGACCACUUCUUGUACUGGGGGGAGUGUGUGCGGGUGGCAGAUGAUGGCUUGGAAUUUGUGUUUCAAGUGGUGGAGCAAACUGAGUUCAUUGAUGAUGCUUCCUUCAUGCCCUUCAAAGCUGGAAAGAUGGACCCAUACAUCAAAAGAUGCUGUGCCACUAAGAUCCAGUCAGCAGAAAAACUCAUGUACAUAUGCAAGAACCAACUGGGUAUUGAAAAGGAGUAUGAACAGCGUGUCCUGCCUGAUGGGAAAGUAAAUGUGGAUGGGUUCCUGUGUGUGUUUGAUGUAUCACAAGUUCCCAACAGAUCUCUUGAACGACAGGUGGAACUCACAGCAAGCAUUCUGAACAACUGCCUCAAGACUAAGCGGCCAGUAGUCCUUGUCACCACCAAGAACGAUGAGGCUAAUGAGGUGUAUGUGAAGGAAGCCGAGAAACUAGCCAGCAGAAAAGAAUUUAAGGGUAAUAUCCCUUUAGUGGAAACCUCAGCUCAUGAAAAUGUUAAUGUGGACUGUGCAUUCAUGACACUAGCAAACUUAGUGGAUCGUAAUAGAGGACGAAUACGAAUUGUUCCAUUUUAUGAGGCAGCGAGACAUAGAAAAGAAAUUCUUGAUGUAGCAACAGAUGCCUUCCAAAGAUUAGUGCGCACACAUGUUCUUGACUACCGGUCUAUAUGGGCCUCAACUAGUAAAAAACUUGCUCAAAAUCCUGAUUUUAUACAUUAUGUGGACCUCUUUGGUAUGGACCAAGCGGCCAAGUUGUUCCGUCGACAUGUUAAAAAGUUGAAAGAGGAGUACCUGCAAAGGAAAGUGGAAGGAUACAUGGACCUGCUGCCCUCCAUUCUACGUGAAUUCUUCCCUGACCUACAGAGUUUAGAAGAUGGGGACUGGCUAAGCAUACAACAGAGGAUAAGUGAACAUCCUGAGUUUGAUCGGUACUUCCUGCGAUGCAACGAAGACAUUCCUUGGUCAGAAAACACAGACCUAUUAGAUUCUGCAGACACCCGCAUUCCAUUCGAUGUCCUUGACUCUAAUGAAGCAGAAACUGUAUUUAAAAACCAUGUUAAUGCACUUCAAGCAGAAUUAGAAAUGAGAGAGCUACCUCGAAGAAUGAGGGACAGGUUCAAGGCAUUGCUGGCAGAAACUGGAUAUGUCACUCCUGGCAAAAGAUUAGAUGAGGUACGAGUGCUCUUCAUGGGAAGAGAAAGCUUUGACUCGCUCUCAGAACACGACAGACAAUUUAUUUAUGAGCAGCACCAGAAAGACAUCACAGAAAAAGCAAGACAGAAUUUCCAUGAACUGUUGUUAGAGCAAGCAGAACUGUUCUACCAUGUGAAGAGUAUUGCUCCCACUGGCACCAUUACUCAGGAGGAUAUUCGGGAUAUCACACAGACCCUCCAAGAGGACAGCAGGUAUAAGGCCUUGGACAGGUUAGAGAGUGAAAGAACUCUCUUAUUGCUUCAACAUCUUGGCUUUGUUCAUUGCCCUAAGAAGGAGCACUGUCCAACAUUUCCAAACUGCAUGGAUUGUCUCAUUGAGAAAAUCAUCGCCAAUAAGGCAGCAAGCAAUAGUCGUCCUGGUUCAGGAACUUGGGGUAGUAAGACUGUCUCAGAUCCUCAUGUCAACCUGGUCCUGCUAGGCAACCAGGGGCUGGCAGAAGACCUUCAAAAUGUCAUCAGGUCUGUGUGUGAAGAUGAUGAGUUUGAAUUAGACAACCAAGUAUUCUCAUUGGAUUAUCGCAGUAUAGAUGGAGAUGUCUCUCUUCCUCAAAAUUCUUUCAAGACUCCUGAAUUUACUCCACAUGGUUUGUACCUCAAGUGGUGUAUAGUGACGGGGGAGCAGUCCAUCUCUCUACAAACAUUCCUUGAUGACUGCAAGCGGCGUGUGGAAGUCAUAGUGUCAUCUUACCAUGGUGCCAAUGCAUUUCGAGAAGAUCUGGUGCAUGGCUUUAUUUUAGUUUAUUCAACAAAGCGCAAGGCAUCCUUGGCCACUCUCAGGGCUUUCUCUGCAAACAUUCCUAAUUUACCAAUCCAGAUCUUGGCUAUGACUGACACAAGCAGCGCUACAGCAUUUUUUAAGUCGGAUAUCUCUCAGCAGCUGAUCACUGAAGGUAAUGCUAUUGCUGACAGACUGCAAGCACAUUUCAUGACCUCCACUGCAACUUGCCAACAGAAAACCGCAUUUUACACACCAUUUUUUAAGGAAGUAUGGGACAAGAAGCCUGAGAUAGAGCAAGCCUUCAACAUGGAGGAUCCAUCAGGUUUAGAUGAUUCAGGGGAAGGCACCCUAGAGCGGCCUUCCCACCACUACCACCGUAGCAUCACCUUGCCACCUCCACGGCGCAACAUGCCUCCCAGAUCACAAUCAGCUGAAGGAAGCAGUUCCGAAAUCUAUGAGACUGUGCCUACGGAUGGCUCUCUUGGGGAUGACCUUGAUGAGCCUCUUUCUCCUGUGUUUCCUGAUGACCAACCCCUCACACCCUCAGAUGACUCAGAUAUUUACUCCCACAUUGACAACGAUGAAGAAGAGCAUCUUGUCAAGCCAUCUCAGUUUAAGAAGCAGCACAGAUUUCAACAAGAAUUAUUUCGUCAAUCAUACCCAAGCACAGAAUCUCUGCCCACGACUGUGUCUUCCCGCUCCAAGGUUUCCACCCAGCCCUCAGACCUGGAGCCAACAUAUCCUCCCCUCCCUCCAUAUCCUCCCCCAUCUCCUACUUCACCCCCACCCUAUAGUUUUGUUUCACGGGACCAGUCUUUUGAUAGUGGAAAUGGGGGGACCCACCCAAGGGACGGGGCAUCUUCCCCAUCCUUGCGUGACAGACCUCCUCCCCCAUAUUCUUUUGCCCCACGCACCCUGCCCCAUGACAUGAACAAGCCUCAACCUGCCCCCAGACACCAGUUCUUUAAGGCAGAGAGCUUGACGCUUGAACAUGGGGCCUCUGACAGAGACUACCACCUGAUGCCAGACCGUGCUGACAGGGGUGGUCUACAGGUGUAUCCCCCUCCCACGACACCCCCUGAGCCGGCACCUCCUGACCGUGAGUGCGUGGAGGGUCCUCCCCGCCGCUUGGUGAAGGCCACCACACUUCCCACUCCCACUCUGCUCUCGACAACAUCUCGCACCUCCCUCGAUGAGCUCACAUCUGACCUGAGCGGCUCUCGUGACUCCCUCACCACUCGUGACUCAGGUUGGCAAGAUGACAGCAUGUGUUCCCGUCGAAUGGAUGACUAUUGGGGUGAUGGCUUCACGCCACAAGCCUUCACAACUGGUCGUCGUGCAAAGUUUCCUCCUCCACCCACUAAGCCAAGACCCAAGGCCAGCCAGACGUUGAAGACGUUCCAGUCCCUGAGUGAGGCAGUGUAUCAGGUCACAACCAAGCAACCUGGCAAACUUAAUCUUAAGGCCUAUGGCAACGUGACUGAUGCAAUUGGCAAAUUAAACCUCAAAGAUGCCGGCCUCCUACACUCUAAACUAACAAAAGGGGGUUCCGUGCACGCACCCCUUGCCACCCCUGAGAAUAUGGACCUUGGCCCAGAUUACGCUGCUCAGGUCAAGGAUGCUGUACCUGGUCUGUAUGGAAGCUUUGAGGCUGGAGACUAUGGGUACUCGCGAGUGCAGGAUCUUCCCCAGGGUGCUGGAUCUAAGGCACGGCGGCAGAGGAGAGAAAAGGGACGGCAAGCGUACUCGGACUCAGACUCUGAGUGGAGUUCCCUUGAGCGGCGGCGUAGCACAGAUUCCUACAAAGUCAACCGCAAAGCCGUACCCAAGAGGAUGAAAAAGAAGCGGCUUCCAAUACCUGUUGCAGCUCCCCGUGUGCCCCCCCUCCCCUCCUUCUAUGUUGCCGAGGGAGGACCUGGCACUCGCUAUUCGGACGAGAGGCUUUUGCUCGACCCCUAUGAGAAAGGUACCAGAGUGGUGAGCGGGUCUGCCUCAGAUGAUUCCGAGGCCACUGACCGAGAGGAUCCGACGGCCCCGCACUCCAAAUAUAAACCUCAGAAACACACUAUUUCAUUUAAAAAGAAGAUGGGAGGCAGGGAGGGCGUGGCAGUACGACCUCCUGUGGUGCCCCCCCUGCCCCCCACACACAACCCAUCCCACCCUCCCACCUCCCAUCCACGCAUGGGGCUGGCUGCUACCCCCCACCACAACCCUCUCUCGUAUCCUUUGGUGGCCCAGCUUCCCCCAGACACCGAAUUAUUCUCUCCCUCAUUUGCUCCAGGAAAACUUGAAGGGGACCAUGCAUACAGAGUGAUUCCAGAAGAUGAUUCAAGUCUUGAGGUCUCUUCUCCACGUGACCAACAAUCACCCAUUUUGCCACCUGGAGCCCCCACACGGAAGGACACAGAUAAGACUGCCCGCCGCAAGCAAGAAAAAUUAAGAUCGCGAGAAGAGGCACGGCAAAGGGAAGAAGAACGCAAGAGGGCCAAAGAUGAAGAAAAGAUGAAGAAAGCUGCAGAAAAGGAAAAGGAGAGGGAGAAGAAGAAGGCCUCGAAAGGAUCAACAAAGAGUGCAGCUAAAGGCCCUCCUCAGCCAACCCUGGAAGAUUUUGUGCAGAGCCCUGAACGAUCUGUGCCCUUGUUCCUGGAAAAAUGUGUCUACUUCAUUGAACUGGAAGGCCUAGACUCAGAGGGAAUUUAUAGAGUACCUGGCAACAAGGUUCAUGUAGAGCAGCUUACCACCAAGUUCAAAGAAGAUGGUAACGUAAACUUUGCCGAACUUGACAUUCCUGUUAAUGCAGCAGCAACUGCCUUGAAAGACUACCUUAAACAACUGCCACCUCUCCUGCCUCAGAGCCAGUUGAUGGAACUCACCACCAUUGCCAGCAUUGGAGAUAGGAGUUUAAGGUUACUGAGAUUAAAGGAAAUGCUUACUGGCUUACCACGUGUCAACUUUGAAGUCCUGAAAUUCCUGUUCCAACACUUUGUCAGGGUGGCAGAAAACUGCAAAUUGAAUUCCAUGGACAGCAAAAACUUAGCCAUCUGCUGGUGGCCAACCCUGCUCCACACUUUGCAGUUCUCUGAUAUUGCUGAGUUUGAAUCUCAACGUCCACACAUUGAAGACAUUAUCCAGACUAUGAUUGAUCAGUUUCCCUUCUUGUUUCAAGGGAAAGAAGAUUAUGUCAUGGUCUGAUAUUAAGCUGGGUUUUCCUGAUACCCACCAUUGGUAAGCUAAAUGUGACAUAUUCCAUUUGAUAAGAAGAUUCAUUAACAAACUAUCAUGUAGCUGACAUGGUGUUAGUUAAAUAAUAGUAUUAAAGUUUUUUAUUAAAGUGCAGGUAUAGCAUUGAUAAUAGAUGAGAUAAAAACAGUAUUCACUUCCAGUUUUUGGAUACAGUUUGAGAAUUAUUGUUGAACAUCUGUUUCUGUUCCCAGAUGGGGCUUGAGAACACCUACCCAAAUUACAGAGGGAAUUUAGUAUCUUCAAAUUUAUUUUUGCGAGCUUCUGAUAAACCCAAAGAUGUAACAUUUUCAUGUAAGACAUAGAAGAUUGUGAUUGUAUGUGAAUACUCAUUGUAGGUUGACUUUAUCAUCGAGAAUAGUUCACAAAACUUGGAUCUCCAUUCAUCAUUUGUCUUUGGUUAUUAUCUAAAAUUUUAUUUUCUGUUGUAUUUCCUUUAAGAUAUGUGACUGGUAAUUUCUGUAGGAUUUUCAAGUCCCUACUCUGAGACUAAAUCCCUGAGUACAGUAUCCUUUUCUGGCUAAGUGCAUUGCUGCCAGAAUUGGGUUAAAGCACUUCCAUUGCCCUCUUCAGACCAGUGGUAGAAAUAAUUCUGUACAUAAUUUUUGUGACAUACCAAUAAACCUUUUCAGCUGCAAUCUAAUUAGAAUGGCAAUUAAUGUAAAUUUAUCAAGCUUUUUAAAUUAAGUAGUUUGUUCAAAACUUUUUAGGCAAUGGAAGUGCCCAUAAUUGCACUUGUUAAUUUGCUGGGACAGAAGCUCACAUAUCAAACUGUUGAGUCUGGCAGUGUGAAGCAUUCCAUUUAAACAGCAGUGCUGCUUCCCACUUGUUAUCAUCACUAGGAAAUUUUAAGACGUCAUUUAAUUCUUUCAUGACGUAUAUAUCCUGCCAUGUAUCUGCAAUUGCAAGGGAAGUCACUGUAUGACCUCAACUCUUGCAUAAGCACAUCGAGUUGUGUCAGUGUACCUCAAGUGGUGUAAGAGAUCAAUAUUUUGAUUGUUGAUCUGGCUGGUCAUUAUGCUACAUUCAGACUAUUGAAAUUUAGGAAAUCAAUUUUUUUAUAUACACAUAUAUAAAUAUAAAUAUAUAAAUAUAUAUAUAUUUCCUGUUAUGUCUUAGGUUUUAAGAGGUUCAUAAGAAUUAGGUAUAGGUUUGUUCAUAAUUUUUUUUUUUUUUUUUUUAUGAACUAUAUAUAAAAAUGUGUUCUCAAAUUGACCAAAUAAACUUUGUUUAAUCAUGAAUAUGUACAAUAAGUGACUAGUUACAUGAAGUCUGUAUGAUCUGACUUUAUUACCUGUAUGAAUGAUAGUGCCAUAGUUACUACGGCAAAAUGAGCAAGCAGUGCCAAUGCAGUGUUGAUCUUUUGUCUCAACGUCUUGCUAGUUGCUCCCCGUAAUUCUAUUUUGUUACUUUGCCUUGUUUAGUGUUUUAGCCAAGUGGCUGCCAAGUGGUACUAUGUGUAAAGUUAGCGCUACGCUGUGUGUCAUGCAGAGUCGAGUGGCAGCAGGAGCCACAAUAAGAUCCCAUGAGUGAUCCUACUCAUUAGUUGUAGCACAACAGUUGGUAGUAAUCUGUCGUGUGGAGGCUCACACCACACCAUAAAUCAAGGACCAUCCCAUCUGGUAAGUCUGGAUAUAUCUUUCCAAAAAAAUCCCUUUUCUCCUUUCUUUUUAGUAUUUCUGGAUGCUUCCCAUUGUGGUUAGUGUUGCAACACCUUCACAGUGUUAUUCACAAUAUAGGUCAAAGCAGAGGUCCAGGAUGCAGGUUGUUGGUGAAAGCCUUCCUGUUGGUGUCAGCAUCAUGGCACUGCUUUUGAGUGCCAGAUGUACAGUUUGUUGCAUAAUAUGUUCCUUGCCAUUCUUUAACAAUGGAGUGUAUAAACUUCAGAGUUGACUUGUACAUUAUCACUGUGUAGAAAAAAGUAAGCCGAAAUAUUUCCUUCAUACAGUCAAUCUUCAUUUUGAAGAAGAUUGAUCAACUGUUACUUCAGAGUGCAGUGUCUUAGACUUGCAGUUUGGAAAUAGUUAAAUAAAAUUGUUGAUUUUUAACUGUGAUUAAUAAUACAUAUUUUGCCAUCCAAUUUAAAAACCAUUGAAUCUUUUGUGAAAAUUGUAAAGAUAAAAAAAAUUAGGAACCUUAGUAUGUAACAAAGAGUAAAAUACUAGUCAUCAAAGCCCUGCCCACUCGACUGCAUAUGUAAAUUUAUAAAUGUAAUUGCACGAAAUAUUCUUUAAUUCAUUGUAUAAAGUCUUGGAGCUAUACAGACUUGUACAGCAUAUAUGAAUGAGAGUCCAUGUACAGUGGAUAAUGAUGAGGGAACUUUUGGUAGUAUACUAUAAAAUGCAUAUUUGGAUUAGUAUACUACUAACUGAAUAAAAGGCAUUUGCAGUUAAAA